AUGGGUAUUCCUGAAGGUGAUGCUGCAAAGGGUGCUAAACUCUUCAAGACACGCUGUGCGCAAUGCCAUACCUUAGAAAAGGGUGGUCCUAACAAAGUGGGUCCCAACCUCCAUGGCAUCAUGGGUCGUCAAUCAGGUCAAGUUGAAGGCUUUUCUUAUACCGAAGCCAACAAGAAGAAGGGCGUCAUUUGGGAGGAACAAACUCUUUUUGAUUAUUUGGAGAAUCCUAAAAAGUACAUCCCGGGUACCAAGAUGGCGUUCGCUGGUUUCAAGAAACCCCAAGAUCGUGCUGAUGUGAUUGCACACUUGAAGGAGGCCACCCAAUAG